AUGCGCCAGCCAAAGAUCCAUUGCGUCAUCCCACACUUUUCCCUGCCAGCUUCAGCAGGAAAACGGACUUUGCCAAUCUUCUCCUACACCCUACGAUCAACCUCCCAACUCAAACAUCCUAAAGCUCCAUACCGUCUCCUACACAGUCUGUACCACCAAAGAGACCAAAGAACUCGCAUCCCAAACAGAGAGAACCAAACCCACAUCUUCCCCGCAACCUCAAGACCGCAAUCACAAACCAGCAUUUCCCUCCCCACGAAGUCCUCCUUCUCAACCUCCACCAAAAUCAUGUCUUCCGACGACGCCUACAUGUCUUUCCUGAACAAAGCCAACGCAGAUUCGAGCGGCAGCCAAGCCCCGCAGCAAGGGGCCGGCACCGUCAAAACCGAGACCGUGCACAGCUCCCUCUCAGUUCCAAAGCCGCUGCAGUCCGUCGACGCAUACUACAUCUCCGAUACAGACGAACCCUUCGAGCCUGUCGCACUAAAGUGGGAUGGCGCUGCCAAGGGAUCGUGGCCUAGUGCUGACCAGCUCUCCUCCCUGAUCUCCCCAGAUACCGAUCUAUCCCAGUCCAUCUCCAUUCUAUCCCCCUCCUCCUUCGACCCGAAGAAUCAGUACACUGCCGCCCUGGAUGCUGUCCGCGCCGCAGCUGUUGAGAAAGACUCUGGUGCCGACCAGUCUGCUGUUGAGUUGAAGGUCUACCGUGUUGAACAAACUAGUACCAAGAUCGAGUACUGGGUUCUGGCAUUGCAUGCGCCUGAGAGCCGUCUAGUUGGUUUGCGCACUAAGGCUGUUGAGUCCUAG